AUGUCUCACCGCAGCGGGCAAGAGGACCCCGAGCGGUACCUGUUUGUGGACCGGGCCGUUGUGUACAACCCAGCCACACAGGCUGACUGGACGGCCAAGAAGCUGGUGUGGGUCCCGUCGGAGCGCCAUGGCUUUGAGGCGGCCAGCAUCCGGGAAGAGCGCGGCGAGGAGGUGAUGGUGGAGCUGGCGGAGAACGGGAAGAAGGUGCUGAUCAACAAAGACGACAUCCAGAAGAUGAACCCGCCCAAGUUUAGCAAAGUGGAGGACAUGGCGGAACUGACGUGCCUGAACGAGGCGUCGGUCCUGUACAACCUGAAGGACCGCUACUACUCUGGACUCAUAUAUACAUACUCCGGCCUCUUCUGUGUGGUCAUCAACCCCUACAAGAACCUGCCCAUCUACUCGGAGAACAUCAUUGAAAUGUACCGAGGGAAGAAGAGGCACGAGAUGCCCCCACACAUUUAUGCCAUCUCUGAGUCGGCGUACCGCUGCAUGCUUCAAGAUCGGGAGGACCAAUCCAUCCUUUGCACAGGUGAAUCAGGAGCUGGCAAGACCGAGAACACCAAGAAGGUCAUUCAGUACUUGGCCCACGUCGCCUCCUCCCACAAAGGACGUAAAGACCACAACAUUCCUCCCGAAUCUCCCAAAGCAUUCAAGCUACAGGGUGAGCUGGAGCGGCAGCUCCUGCAAGCCAACCCCAUCCUGGAAUCAUUCGGUAACGCUAAGACAGUGAAAAACGACAACUCAUCCCGCUUUGGGAAGUUCAUCAGAGUCAACUUUGACGUCACAGGAUACAUUGUUGGGGCCAAUAUUGAAACCUAUCUUUUGGAGAAGUCCAGGGCCAUUAGACAGGCAAAAGAUGAGAGGACUUUCCACAUUUUCUACCGCCUGCUGGCAGGAGCAGGAGAGCACCUUCGAACGGACCUGCUCCUCGAGGGCUUCAACAACUACCGUUUCCUAUCAAACGGUAACAUUCCCAUUCCGGGACAGCAGGACAAGGAGAACUUCCAGGAGACCAUGGACGCCAUGCACAUCAUGGGCUUUUCCCACGAUGAGAUAGUCUGCAUGCUGAGGGUGGUGUCUGCAGUGCUGCAGUUUGGUAAUGUUGUCUUUAAGAAGGAGAGGAACACAGAUCAGGCCUCCAUGCCUGAGAACACAGCGGCACAGAAGCUCUGCCAUCUGCUGGGAAUGAACAUCAUGGAGUUCACCCGAGCCAUCCUUACCCCUCGCAUCAAAGUGGGGCGAGACUAUGUGCAGAAAGCACAGACCAAAGAACAGGCUGACUUUGCUGCUGAAGCUCUGGCCAAGGCUACAUAUGAGCGUCUGUUCCGCUGGCUGGUCCACCGCAUCAACAAGGCUCUGGACAGGACCAAACGGCAGGGAGCCUCGUUCAUCGGCAUCCUGGACAUCGCUGGAUUUGAGAUUUUUGAGCUGAACUCGUUCGAGCAGCUGUGCAUCAACUACACCAACGAGAAGCUACAGCAGCUCUUCAACCACACCAUGUUCAUCCUGGAGCAGGAGGAGUACCAGAGGGAGGGCAUCGAGUGGAGCUUCAUUGACUUCGGCCUGGACCUGCAGCCCUGCAUCGAUCUCAUCGAGAGGCCGAACAACCCCCCUGGAAUCCUGGCUCUGCUGGACGAGGAGUGCUGGUUCCCCAAAGCCACAGAUAAGACAUUUGUUGACAAAGUGCUGCAGGAGCAGGGAACUCACGCCAAGUUUCAGAAGCCACGCCAACUCAAGGACAAAGCGGAUUUCUGCAUCAUCCACUACGCCGGGCGGGUGGAUUACAAAGCUGAUGAGUGGCUGAUGAAGAACAUGGAUCCUUUGAACGAUAACGUCGCCACGCUGCUUCACCAGUCUACUGAUAAAUUCGUGGCGGAGCUGUGGAAGGACGACAUUCAGACGUUUCAGAGAGCCUCUUUCUAUGACAAUGUGUCUGGGCUCCAUGAAGCUCCAGUGGACCGGAUUGUGGGUCUGGAUCAGGUCGCUGGGAUGAACGAAACAGCCUUCGGUGCUGCCUAUAAGACCAAGAAGGGUAUGUUCCGCACAGUGGGUCAGCUCUACAAGGAGCAGCUGUCCAAGCUGAUGGCCACGCUGAGGAACACCAACCCCAACUUUGUCCGCUGCAUCAUCCCCAACCACGAAAAGAGAGCAGGGAAACUGGAUCCUCAUCUGGUUCUGGACCAGCUGAGGUGUAACGGAGUUCUGGAGGGCAUCCGUAUCUGCAGACAGGGAUUCCCCAACCGCAUUGUCUUUCAGGAGUUUAGACAGAGAUAUGAAAUCCUCACUCCAAACGCCAUUCCCAAAGGCUUCAUGGAUGGCAAACAGGCCUGUGAAAGAAUGAUUCAAGCCUUAGAGCUGGAUGGCAACCUCUUCCGCAUCGGCCAGAGUAAGAUCUUCUUCAGGGCUGGAGUCCUGGCCCACCUAGAGGAGGAGCGAGACCUGAAGAUCACCGACAUAAUCAUCUACUUCCAGGCUGUUUGUCGAGGAUAUCUCGCACGCAAGGCGUUUGCUAAAAAGCAGCAGCAGCUCAGCGCUCUGAAGGUCCUGCAGAGAAACUGUGCGGCCUACCUGAAGCUACGUCACUGGCAAUGGUGGAGGCUCUUCACUAAAGUGAAGCCGCUGCUGCAGGUCACCAGGCAGGAGGAAGAGAUGCAGGCUAAAGACGAAGAGCUGGUCAAAGUGAAGGAGAAGCAGAUGAAGGUGGAGGGGGAGCUGGUGGAGAUGGAGAGGAAACACCAGCAGUUACUUGAAGAGAAGAACAUCCUGGCAGAGCAGCUGCAGGCGGAGACAGAACUGUUUGCAGAGGCGGAGGAGAUGAGAGCUCGCCUGGCGUCCAAAAAGCAGGAGCUCGAGGAGAUCCUUCACGACCUGGAGUCUCGGCUGGAGGAGGAAGAGGAGAGGACACAAGGCCUGCAGAAUGAGAAGAAGAAGAUGCAGUCCCACGUCCAGGACCUGGAGGAGCAGCUGGAUGAGGAGGAGGCUGCCCGGCAGAAGCUGCAGCUGGAGAAAGUUACAGCUGAGGCCAAGAUCAAGAAGUAUGAAGAGGACAUUUUACUACUGGAGGACCAGAACUCCAAGUUCCAGAAAGAAAAAAAGCUGAUGGAAGACAGAAUCAAUGAGAUGACUGUCAUGCUGGCGGAGGAAGAGGAGAAGGCCAAAAAUCUGGGGAAGGUCAAGAACAAGCAGGAGAUGAUGAUGGUCGACCUGGAGGAGAGACUGAAGAAAGAGGAGAAGACCCGGCAGGAGCUGGAAAAGGCGAAGAGGAAACUGGAUGGAGAAACUUCAGACUUCCAGGACCAAAUCUCUGAGCUGCAGUCACAGAUAGAGGAGCUGAAGGUGCAGCUGGCCAAGAAGGAGGAGGAGCAGCAGAUGAUGCAGUCGAGGUGUGAGGAAGAGGCCAACCAGAAGAACAACGUGCUGAAGCAGGUCAGAGAGCUGCAGGCUCAGCUGUCUGAACUGCAGGAGGACCUGGAGUCAGAGAGACAGGCCCGCAACAAGGCAGAGAAACUCAAGAGGGACCUGAGUGAGGAGCUGGAGGCCCUAAAGACGGAGCUGGAGGACACUCUGGACACCACCGCAGCCCAGCAGGAGCUCAGGACCAAGCGUGAGCAGGAGGUGGCGGAGCUGAAGAAAGCCAUCGAGGAGGAGAGCAAAAACCACGAGGCUCAGAUCCAGGAGAUGCGGCAGAGGCACGGGACAGCUUUGGAGGAGCUCUCCGAGCAGCUGGAGCAGGCCAAGAGGUUCAAGGCCAACCUGGAGAAGGCCAAGCAGAGUCAGGACAGCGCCAACAAGGAGCUGUCCAACGAGGUGAAGACUCUGCAGCAGGCAAAGACCGAGUCGGAGCACAAGAGAAAGAAGCUGGAGGCUCAGCUGCAGGAGUUCAUGGCCAGGGUCACCGAGGGGGAGCGGGCCAAAGGGGAGCUGGGGGAGCGCUCCAACAAGCUGCAGACGGAGCUGGACAAUGUCUCCUCCCUGUUGGAGGAUGCGGAGAGGAAAGGGAUCAAGCUGGCCAAAGACGUCUCUGGACUGGAGAGUCAGCUCCAGGACGCUCAGGAGCUGCUUCAGGAGGAGACACGGCAGAAACUAAAUCUGAGCAGUCGCAUUCGCCAGCUGGAGGAGGAGAAGAACGCCCUGCAGGAGCAGCAGGAGGAGGAUGAGGAGGCGCGCAAGAAUCUGGAGAAGCAGCUGCUGAGCCUCCAGGCUCAGCUUUCAGAAAGCAAGAAGAAGCUGGAAGAUGAUGUUGGGACAAUAGAAGGUCUGGAGGAGACGAAGAAAAAACUUCAGAAGGAUCUGGAGCUGGCCAACCAGCGUCUGGAGGAGAAGACCAUCGCCUUUGAGAAGAUGGAGAAGACCAAGACCCGUCUGCAGCAGGAGCUGGACGAUCUGACCGUUGACCUGGACCACCAGAGACAAAUAGUCUCCAACUUGGAGAAAAAACAAAAGAAGUUUGAUCAGAUGCUGGCUGAGGAGAAGAGCAUCUCAGCUCGUUACGCUGAGGAGCGUGACCGCGCUGAGGCUGAAGCCAGAGAGAAGGAGACCAAAGCUCUGUCCAUGACCCGAGCUCUGGAUGAGGCUCUGGAGGCCAAAGAGGAGCUGGAGAGGAUCAACAAGCAGCUCCGGGCCGAGAUGGAAGAUCUGAUGAGCUCCAAGGACGACGUGGGCAAAAACGUGCACGAGCUGGAGAAGUCCAAGCGCACCCUGGAGCAGCAGCUGGAGGAGAUGAAGACUCAGCUGGAGGAGCUGGAGGACGAGCUGCAGGCCACAGAGGACGCCAAGCUGCGCCUGGAGGUCAACAUGCAGGCCAUGAAGGCUCAGUACGAGAGGGACCUGCAGGGCCGCGACGACCAGAACGACGAGAAGAAAAGAGCUCUGGUCAAGCAGGUGCGAGAGAUGGAGGCGGAGCUUGAGGAUGAGAGGAAGCAAAAAGCUCUGGCUGUGGCUGCUAAGAAGAAGCUGGAGAUGGACUUGAAGGACAUAGAGGGACACAUCGAAGGGGCCAACAAGGCCCGAGAUGAAGCCAUCAAGCAGCUGCGCAAGUUACAGGCCCAAAUGAAGGACUACCAGAGGGAGCUGGAGGACACCCGAGCCUCCAGAGAUGACAUCUUUGCCCUGUCGAAGGAGACAGAGAAGAAGCUGAAGAGCCUGGAGGCUGAGAUUGUUCAGCUGCAGGAGGACCUGGCUGCUUCUGAGCGAGGGCGACGGCACGCCGAGCAGGAGAGGGAUGAGCUGCAGGACGAGAUCUCCAACAGCACCUCUGGAAAAGCUGCUCUGAUGGACGAGAAGAGGAGGCUGGAGGCUCGAAUCGCCCAGCUGGAGGAGGAGCUGGAGGAGGAGCAGGGCAACAUGGAGCUACUGAACGACCGCCUCAGAAAGACGACCAUGCAGGUGGACGCCCUGUCCGCGGAGCUGAGCGCCGAGCGCAGCGCGGCUCAGAAAAGCGAAAACGCUCGCCAGCAGGCGGAGCGUCAAAACAAGGAGCUGCGGGCCAAACUGGGCGAGCUGGAGGGCUCUGUAAAGAACAGGUUCAAGGCCUCCAUCACCGCUCUGGAGGCCAAGAUAGCACAGCUGGAGGAACAGCUGGAGCAGGAGGCGCGGGAGCGAGCAGCAGCCAACAAGAUUGUAAGAAGAACAGAGAAGAAGCUGAAAGAAGUCUGCAUGCAGGUGGAGGAUGAGCGUCGCCAUGCCGACCAGUUUAAGGAGCAGCUGGAGAAGGCCAAUUCCCGCAUGAAGCAGCUGAAGCGCCAGCUGGAGGAGGCAGAGGAGGAGGCCACCAGGGCCAACGCCUCCCGCAGGAAGCUGCAGAGGGAGCUGGAUGACGCCACCGAGGCCAGCGAGGGUCUGAGCAGGGAGGUGCACACGCUCAAGAACCGCCUCAGGCGGGGCGGCCCCAUCAGCUUCUCCUCCAGUCGCUCCGGCAGACGUGCAUUGCAGGUGGAGGGAACGUCUCUGGACCUGCUGUCCGACGACGAGCUGGAAAACAAGAUCACAGAUAACAACGCCAAUGAGACGCCGGCCCCCCAGGCAGAGUAGAGCACCCCACCCCUGCGCCAUGACUCUUCCUCCUUUGGCCCACUUCAGCACACAAACUCAGUAGCCCGCUCUCUCAGCGUGAUUUCAGCCUUCCUCAGCGGACACCAGCAGCUGGACCCUCAUAAUCUGAAGAAAUAAUCUGGUUCCCCCCUCCGUGCUGAAGGGCUGAAUGUACCUCCCCUCAGAAAAGCCCCCACACGUCCGUUACAAAUAAAAAACCCGGUGAAGGCGGAAGCGGGCCGAUGAAACUCCUGGUGUUUGUGCAGCGUUCCUUGUGUUUCUGCAUCUCUAUAAUCCCGUCUGCUUGCCUUUGAAUCUGUGAGCUGCUGCGAAGCGUUGCACCCCCGACCCGCUUUGGUUGCUCAAAAGUUCAACAGUAGGUCGAUGUUGUGAUUCUUCGGUGCUGAAAGCAGCUCCUCUUCCUCCCUCUUCUGUGCCUUUCUUGCUCACUCGAACCCAAUUAUGCCGCAUUUAUAGUUCAAGUAUUGAACCAUGCAUUAUUACAGAAAUGCUAUUUUAAUAAAAAGCCUCCUAUGUUUUCAUGAAUUAUUAGUGGAAGCCUUGAUGUUCUCUGAAAUGUACGUCUUCCUCCAGCUUUCAUGGCACAGCGAGAACGCCAGCAGUGAGUGUGUCUUUGUAGACGGGUGCUAUGACUUUUCUUAUUGAAAUAACUUUUGUACUUUUUGAGUUCUGAAGCUUCAGAAGCAGUGCAGCAGACGUGGCCUGCACGGAUGUCUCUGUUCUUGUGGACGAGCUCAGCUCCAUUUGUUUUUCCAACUGCUCGGUGUUGCACAGCGGUCCUCUGUACUGAUGCUCGCCAUCACAGCACGUGCAGCACGGGGGCCUUGAUGAUGCAAUAAAGUCUUUGGAGUCCA